GAGGUGGGUCCGCCCCCCGGCUGCCGUGGGUCGAGGCGGGCCCUCGGCCGGCCCGUUCCCGCCCCGACCCGCCGGCCUCUCCCUCCCCAGCAGUGACGCGCCGCCUCCGAGCCCGAGCCCGCGCCGCGGUCAGCAGCGCGAUGGACCGCAGCGCCCCGGAUCCCGGACCCCGCAGCGCGCCUCGCACCCCCACCACGCAGCCCGCGGGCUCCGCAGGGAGGAAAACAAAAGCGAAGGCACCACUUCCUCCUGCCGAGAUGAAGGGCAUGGAUGUCUCUUCUGCUGAGGACCCUGCAGAAUCUACUGCCGUCAUCACCGAGCAAAAUGAAAACAUGCUAGAUAAAGACAUUGAACUCUUGGUCGUCCUGCCUGGAGAUAUUGUCAAAUCUGCUACUGUUCACGGCAGCAAGCCGAUGAUGGACUUGCUCGUGUUCCUCUGCGCACAGUAUCACUUGAAUCCAUCAAGUCACACAAUUGAUUUACUGUCUGCUGAAGAGACCCUCAUCAAAUUUAAGCCAAACACACCAGUAGGAAUGCUGGAGGUAGAGAAGGUGAUUUUAAAGCCAAAAUCUCUGGAUAAGAAAAAGCCUACACCUAUAAUCCCAGAGAAAACUGUGAGGGUAGUGAUCAACUUUAAGAAAACACAGAAGACCAUAGUGAGAGUGAGUCCGCACGCACCGCUGCAAGAUCUUGCUCCGAUCAUAUGCAGUAAAUGUGAGUUUGAUCCUCUGCACACAGUGUUGUUGAAGGAUUACCAGGCUCAGGAGCCCCUCGACUUGACCAAAUCUCUUAAUGACUUGGGACUAAGGGAGUUAUAUGCCAUGGAUAUCAGCAGAGCCCCCUCUGUUACUGCCUUCAGUAAGCCAUCUUUCCAAGAGUCCUGCCAGAUAUCACACAACCCAGACACUGUGAAGGAGAAAGAAAACAAAGGGAUUUUCAGCUUUUUCCAGCGCAGUAAGAAAAAGCGGGAACAAACUGCCAGUGCGCCUGCGACUCCGCUGGUGAGCAAGCACCGUCCAUCUUUUACGCGAUCCAACACCAUUUCCAAACCUUACAUCUCCAACACACUGCCCUCCGACGCGCCCAAGAAGAGGCGUGCCCCGCUGCCCCCCAUGCCCACAGCCCAGGGCACUGCGCAAGGCCAGGAGAGACGCGCUUCAUGUGUGGUGAGAUCCACCAGUGUGGACGACACUGAUAAGAGUUCCUCUGAAGGGGUCAUGGUGAGGACAGGGUCACUGCAGCUCAGUAGCACAUCAGUGGGAACUUCGUCUCUGAAAAGAACAAAGCGAAAAGCACCUGCCCCACCUUCAAAAACACCCCUGCAUCAGAAUGAUGAAAAUGGCCCUGCAGCUGAUAACGCCCCGACUUUGGAAGACGGGAUGGCUCCAGACAGCAUUUUGGAAGCAAACUCUCCUGAGGGCGUGUCCAGCCCAGACUCUCCUUCUUUGGCAGAGGGCUCUCCUGGCCCUGGGUUCCUAAGCCAGGAGCAGUGUACUAUACCCAAACCGGCGGAGGAAACCUCGCUCUCUGAGGGCCCUGGAACUCCAGAGGCAGCUGUAGCAUCCUUGACAUCUGGUGUAAGCUCUGAUUAUAGUCUUGAAGAGAUAGAUGAAAAGGAAGAACUGGGUGAGGCAUCCAAAGAUCAAGCUGAAAGUAUUUCUGUGAAGUCGCCUGACGUUGCUUCAGUAUCUACUGAUAUAAACACGGUGGAGAAUGAUCCUGAUUCAGCCCUUGGCAUCAGUGAUGGAGAGGCCUCUCCAAUCUCCAAGGGGAAAACUCAAGAAAGCAAAACCACAGAGGGACAAGGGCCACAUAAUCCUGUUGUAUGUGAUAGAAGCAAUGAAGACAUGGUAUCUGACAGUAUAAAAGACUUGAAGAUACUGCAUCCAGACCAAGAGAGUGCAGUUCAAAAUGAAACCAUGGUUGGUGCCACAAACACAGACUAUGUGAAAAACAGACCGAGGAAAGCAGAAACCACCAUAGAAGACAAAGCCCCAAAGAUAGCCAAGGACAUGGAAACUGAUAGAGUGACAGUCUCUCCUGCAUGUAGAAUGGAUAAUGUUAAAAGUUCGAUGGAAAAUCAUCUAACGGCAUCAGCAGGACCAGAUCAAAAAUGGAAUCAACCAAGUGUAGAAAAGGCAAAAAUGCAGGAUGCAGCAAUUCAGGCCACCCCUGCCUGCAGUGGUUCUGAUGGGAAUCACGGAGACCGUAAUUCAUCUGACCUCAGGGUUGAUGAGUCUGUGCAGACUUCAAAUAGCAAUAGAUCAGCUCAGCACUCGUCUGCAAGUCUCCCAGAUUCUGUAAAUGCCUCGAGAGAAUUCAGGAGUCAGGGCACCCCAACAUACGUACAUGAUAGACUCCCCAUGAAAGAGCUAGCGUGUACAAAUGGGAAUGAUGACCCUUUGUCUCCUGUAGAUGGAAGUGAUAAGAAUCCAACUGCUUCUCCCCUAAAGAAUUUUCCACUUUACAGGCAGGACCACAAUCCCAAGCCAAAGCCUUCAAAUGAAAUUACAAGAGAGUAUAUACCUAAAAUUGGAAUGACUACUUAUAAAAUAGUGCCUCCAAAGUCCCUGGAAGUGGUGAAAGAUGGGGAAUGGGAAACUGUGGGGAAUAAAGAAGAUCAAAAGAUGCCUGCUGUAGAGCAGAAGCAGAUGCUUGAGAAUAUGAAAGAAACAGCCAAGCAGACGGAAGCCCUUUUGACUUCCAGAGGCUCACAGGAGCCUCAGCCUGACCUUAAACCGAAGCCCAGCUUUGGAGCAGAGCAUCUUUUGCACAGGACUGUGAGCUUACCCGCUGGUACUGAGAUGAGCCCUCCCAAACCUCCCAGAAUGACUACAGACACGGGCACCAUUCCUUUUGCACCAAAUUUGGAAGAUAUAAACAAUAUUUUGGAAGCAAAAUUUAGAUCCCGUGCUUCAAAUCCCCAGGCCAAGCCAAGUUCGUUCUUUCUUCAGAUGCAGAAGAGAGCUUCAGGCCACUAUGUGACAUCUGCAGCUGCUAAGAGUGUUCACACCGCCCCUGGGGCUACCCCCAAAGAACCAGCAAUCAAAGAGGUGCAAAGGGACCCACGGCUUCCUCCAGAACAGUGUGUCUCUCCCCUGAAUGAAAGGACUCACUCUGCUCCACUGCCCAAUAUUUCAAAAACUGUUGAUAACACCCAGAAGCCUGCUGGGACAGCUUCUCCUCCUGUAGCUCCCAAACCUAUGGCUGUUUUUGCUGAGACAUCUCCACCUCCUGUAUCUCCCAAGCCUAUGGCUCUUCUUGCUGAGAAAUCUCCUCCUCCUAUAUCUCCCAAGCCUAUGGCUCUGUCUGCUGAGACAUUUCCCCCUCCUGUAGCUCCCAAGCCUAUAGCUCUGUCUCUGUCUGUUGAGACAUCUCCUCCACCUGUAGCUCCCAAGCCUAUAGCUCUUUCUGCUGAGACAUCUCCUCCUCCUGUAGCUCCUAAGCCAAUGGGUCUGUCCGCAGAGACAUCUCCUCCUCCUGUAGCUCCCAAGCCUGUAGCUCUUCCUGCUGAGACAUCUCUUCCCCCUGUAGCUCCCAAGCCUGUGGCUCUUGCUGGUGGUGGUCAGGGAACAUCAGUAAACCUGAAGACCUUGAAAACGUUUGGGGCCCCACGACCGUAUUCCAGUUCUGGCCCCUCCGCCUUUGCCCUUGCUGUGGUGAAGAGGUCACAGUCCUUCAGUAAGGCAUGUCCAGAGUCAUCCAGGGAUGGCUCUUCUGCCCUGCCUCCCGCUAACACAGAGGAUGAAAAGACCCACGCAGAGGUCUGCCAGCCUGAUGACGUUGAUAAGCAAAGUAAACCUGUACAGAAUGACCAGAGUUCUCAAAUGCUGACUUCAGCUGAUAGCCUUUCGCUCACCCUUAAGAGACAGAGUUCUUUAACAUUGCCAAGCCCUGACCCAGAGCUUGUCCGGCAGAGCUUGCUGACCGCAAUCCGUUCUGGAGAGGCUGCUGCCAAGCUGAAGAGAGUUACUGUUCCAUCGAAUACAAUAUCUGUGAACGGGAAGUCGGGACUCAGCCACCUGUCCUCUGACGCCCAGGACAGUGCUAACACUGCCCUGCUGUGACAGACUUCACAGACCAGCUUUCUGCCCGCAAAGGAUACUGGCAAAUAUAUAUCCAGAUGUACAUUAAUAUACAAAUCUGCUCAAGAAUAAACAUUUGUAUUAUGAAUUUAAUGCCAAAAGAAGAAUGGCUAGAAUUUAUAAUUUAUAAUAAUUUUUGCCAUUUUUUAUGUCAUAGCUAAAUAUUGCUGCUUUAGAAAUGUUGAACAAGGUGUAAAUGACUCGUUUUUUUCCAAUGGUGAAUAAUCACUGCAUAUUGAUUUUUUUUUUUACACUUCUGGAAUACUGUAUUGCCAUGAAACGAAGAUGUAAAUUGAGAUAUAUAGACACACUGUUGACACAGAAACAGGCAAGCACAAGCUAACAUUCACUGUCUCGGUGUUAGGUUAUAACUAGAAGCAUAAAUUAUAAUAGAGUCUUUUUGCUGAAAGACAUGGAAAACUAUUAAAUCCAACAAAUAAUGUUCAGUUAUCUUUAUUGAAGAAUCACUGUGAGAUUUUUUUUUGUGUAUUCUUUAAUUACAAGUGUCAGAUUUAUAGGAUACAACACGUAUUUUCAAAUAGAACACUUUAACCUCUAGAAGUUGCACAAGGAGACUUUGAGAUAUUUUCUGUAUAUAAUUAUGACAUUGUUUCACAGAUAUUACUUAUUUUCUAAUGCCAGAAGUCUUAAAAUAUUCCUGUGAAAAUGUUGAUAUAUUGUGACAGUUAUUUCACAUUUGGUAUACAGGGAGGAUUAGGGUUUAGUUUGUGCCCACAUUCAGAACUUUGAAGUUAGAAGUUCCGAAAAUCCUGGUUUUGAUUAAAAUAAAAUGCAAAAUAUAGUCAUUUAUAUAGCUCAGAUGCUAAUUAUCUAAAUAAUAAUAUAUAUUUUCUGGAAAGCCAGAAUGGUUGAGGAAAACAGUACUUGAGGUAUUACAGUGGUUCUUGGGUCUGGAACAUGCUGGGGUCCUGAACUUCCUUAAGAAUGUAAUUGCCCUUUUAUUCCAAAAACAGUUCAAACAGCCUGACAAUAUUUUGACUCUUUUUAAAGCUACUGGGUUUUCUGCCGUUUUGACAAAACGUGAAUUUUUCCCCCAUUUAAUAAAAGCAAGUUAUACAUUUGAA